AAACAGUGUACGAUCGCCGGCAGAUUUUUUAGUCUAAUACUGAGGGUAAUGGAAUCGCCGAUUGUAAGUUGGGUAAGAGCUCAACAGAUGAAAAAUAUGGCGUUGGUAAACUCUUAAAGAAGAAUAAAAAUCAUCAGUAGUAACAAAAAUCACAAGAUCACCACAUACAAAUACCAAGAUCCUCCAAAAUAUACCAUUCAGAGAAUAUACCAUCAAUCACAUGAAUUCAGACUGAUUAUCAUGUGACUUUUGUUCCCCUUGAGUAUAUAUGUUUUGGGUGAAUCAUAUGUUCCAUUUUGGUCAAAUGCAGAAGUUAACAGGAAUCUCAUCCCUUUAGGAGAGCAAUAUAUUUACCCUUCAUUUAGACUAGGAUCAUCUAUUGUCCAGAAUAGAAGUAGCUUCAGUUUUUUUCAUGUGUGUUUUUUCUGUUAUUUUGACCUCCCCCUGUAGAUUUUCAUGGUAUGGUUCCCUGCUGGGCAGAGGUUUCAUUGGUCUAAAAACUCUUCAUGGGGUGAUUUAAAUAGUUGCAUUGCCCUGACAAAUGCUGCUAUUUAGCAGGAAAGGGUUAAAGGAACUCUCCACCCACUAGGGUCCAUGCAAAACUCACUGACACAGUAAGAGCGGACUAGAUGCAUAUACCAUUAAUGUAUCUACUGGACUGCUGUAUUAUUUCGCAGAACUUCUUUAUUAUUAUUAUUCUUUUAGUAAUUUGAGGACCGAGGCAGAAAGAUGAUAGGAAAUUUUAUAUGUGCAGUUGUUACGAGGUCCCUUUUCCUCUUGAUAUCCCUGAUAGGAAUAUGGAGAGUGGUCUGGGUUAAGAACAAUGGUCUCUAUUGGUUACUAACUAUUUUAUACCUUCCACUGGUGUUCGAGAUGAUCUUAACCCUGAAGAGUAGAAAAGGACGGGAUUAUAAAUGGUUUUCUCCUGCCAUUUUUUUGUUCCUCAUCAGUAUUAUUCCUUCAAUAUGGAUAUUAGAGUUACAUCAUUCAGAGAACAAAGCUUCUGAGGUCAAUUGCAAGCAACUGGUUUCAUCUGAAAACAUAAAUCUCUUCAAAAACCUCUGGAGAGGUAACAGGACGAAUGGCAGCGAGGCUCUAUUUCAGGAUUCAGUGUCUCUGCUAUCGUCAGUGUGUGCUAAUGACUGGAUACUAGCCCUCCAUCAGAUCCUGUUAAUCUUGCUGAUCAUAGGGAAGUGGCUGCUUCCUCUCGGCGGGGGCGUGACCCGGGAAGAGCUGUCUCAUCUCCUCCUCAUCUUUGUAGGCACCGCUGCAGACAUCCUGGAGUUCACUUCUGAGACACUGUCCGAUGUCAAGAACAAAAGUCCUAACAUGGUGUACAUUAUCCUGGUAGUGUGGACGCUGAGUUUGGUUCAGUUUCCCCUCCACCUCUCAGCGUCUACCGUUAUGUCAGCCGGCCCCUCGGAUGAGGCUCAGAACGUCCCCCCGCUAGUACGUCUCAGAAACGACAUCUUGAGCAUGGUGGAGUGUGUCUUCAUCCAGGACGGGCCCUUCUUGCUUGUCCGCCUCAUCGUCAUCCUCUACUUCAAUGUCAUCCACCAGAUGCUCAUCUUCUUCUCGAUCAAGAACUUCCUCGUGGUCAUUCUCAAUGCAUACCGUCUGUCGGUCACCUGCUUCGAUUACAAGGCUUCAGUUUGAUGGGAGAUUAUAAUAACUUAAAAACGCUUCCACUGUCACACCUAAGGAGCAUAAGAGAAGGGUUUUAUAUUGGGCCAUUUAGCAAGAUAGUAGCCACGUUCUUAGUAACAAUGCUCACAACUGAACGUUUUCGGUUGCUGUGGAAUUAUGCAGCUUUUUAAAAGUGUUUAGUAUACGUCCAAUUGUAUAUGAAUUGGCAAAGCAGUUUAUAUUAAAGAAUUUUAUCAGAGUCUUGCAGUAACUCAUAAUAGAUAAUAUUUUCAUACUCUUUUGUUCAAGUUCUGUAUCUGUGUAAUAGGUUUACAUUGUCUAUCUCGUGGGAAUACUUGAUGGAUUUCACAACAAGCACUGUUUACAACUUCUCAUCAGAAUGUCUAUUGGGAAAUGUGGAUUGUCACUAAUCCAAUGGAAAGGAAGUUCCAUUCUGAUCUCUCAAGGAUAGUGUUGGACUGAAGGAAUGUGAUGACAUGGUCUCUCCACCAGCAGAGUACUGGUACGGUUCACUAAACAACAAGGCCAACGGCCAUAUGAUGCACUGUAAACUCUAAGGUAUUUUUUACUCAAAUGUAUAGAUGAAUCGUAACUCAAAAUUAAUGAAAUGUUCCUAAUGAUUUUAACUGUUAAUGGCAUACUCACUUAUACUAAAUGUAUUUAAGCUCAAAAUGAAAAUAUUCCCAGCAUGCUCUGCUUCAGGUUGAUAUUUUGAAUUGGUUUAUUAUACUUUUUUUACAUCUACUUUGACUGAGCAAUUCAU